AUGAAGCAUGUUGUAGUUAAUAUAAAUGGGAAAAUUUGGGCUUUUAUUGAUGAACUGAUGGAAUACACAAUAGAAAGGGAUGAAGAGCAGUUUUUGACUAUCAAAGUGCAGAAUCAAGGACUGGACAUCGAAGUGUCAAUAUCUUUGGUAUAUGCUAAAUGUACACAAAGUGAAAGACUACAACUAUGGGAUUCCUUGGAGGAUUUAUCAAACAACAUCAGAAUUCCCUGGCUAGUCGGAGGAGACUUCAAUGUGAUUAGAAAUGAAGAAGUAAAAUUAGGAGGGCGUCCAGUAACUAAUGGAGAAGUUGUGGACUUCAAUCAUUGCAUUAAUGUAUGCAAUUUGGAGGAUCAAGGCUUCAAGGGGAUCAAAUACACUUGGUGGAAUAGGAGAACAGAUGAAGAAUGUAUUUUCAAACGAUUGGAUAGAGUUCUAUGCAACGAGAAAAUGCAGAACACUUUCCCGGGAUUAGAAAUUGAACAUUUGGUGCGGAGUGGUUCUGAUCAUACUCCAUUGUUAAUUACUCAAAAAACUAGUAGCAAGAAAGUGAUGAGACCAUUCAAAUUCCUAAACUUCUGGAUAAAGGAGAAAUCAUUCAUGGAAGUGGUCAAUCAGUAG